CAAAUGCCAAUAAUUCCAAGUGCGAACACAUCACAGUAUAUUCAGUUAGCUUUGAUGGACUUUCCUAUCUACCUCUCCCCCUCCCUCUCCCGCGCCCCCCGCGACCUCCCCGUCCUGCGCCACCGCCUCGCUUAUUGCCUCCAGCAAUCCCUUGGUCAAACCUUUCACAGAGCUUUUCUUCUCCAAACGCUGUUUCGCCAAGUCGCAAAUAGCUGAUGACACCUUGAUCGAUAACAGCCAAAACUACAUUUCGCCAGCCAUGUUUCAAACGCUGAUAAAGCUUGGAUGGUCCAAUCAUAUCAGCUCCCGGCGGAUCCCAAGGCGUGCUCUCCAACAAAGAAGUAAGUUCUCUCAAGGUCGGAAUCAACGUUGACCGCGAAUUGGUGACUGCAACCCGAACAUCCGGUAGUCCUGGAUGUGUUUUGGUAAAGGUGGGAGCGCUGCUGGGCUUCCAAAUAUGAAAAACCACCCGAUAAGGAUCUUCAGGUGGAGAUGAUGGAUCUUGUGGCACAGCUGCUGGCUUAUGUCUAGGGAUGAUGGCGAUUUGCCGAUAGAUGGCGUUAUAUGACCUGUACAUGCCCGGCUUUACCAAUGGCCCAAGUGGUUGGGGCUGGAUACCUGGUUCUGAAAAGAAACUGCCAAAGAGCCAAGAAAACAUGCUUGGGGACUGCUUGAUAGAUGGCACGUCUUCAAAGACAUUCUUCUCUCCAGCUUUGGUCGCAUACCAUGCGGGAGCUCUAAGCACCACAUAGCCAGAUCUUUUGAGAUUGGUGUAUACAUUGUAUCUUUCCAGAGUUACCUUACCUCUUUCCCCAUCCUUGCCAAUUAAGAGAGCAUAUGCGGCUUGUAAGCUCAUGGGGAACCCUUCAUCCAAUUGUUCUUCGCUCUCGGCAGUCUGCCCACCAACGGUAUCCUCACUCUCCUUAUCAUGGUACACUCCUCUAAAUGAGGAUCGUGUGGGCCACCAUAAGUCGAGAUUGCCUCUCUCCACCAAGUAAAGUGCUUCUUCCGGAAGCAGCCAUAUACUUGAGCGCUUUUGACCUGUAGUUGAUUUUCCCAUGCUUUUCCAAUGGAUUCCUUUGGCCGUCUCCAAUACAACUACAUGGUCGUCUUCUAAGCCUUUCCUCCAUUCUGGUGGAACGACAUCGUCUCUCAACAAGCUGCCCCCAUCCCCGUAGUAAAAGGCUCUCGUAUGAUUUUUUGCAAUAUGAAAUCUGGUAUGGGCUAACGCAUCGUGCAUAGCCUGUCUGCUUGCCUCGAGAAUGCCAUCUUGAUGCUUGGUACCGUGUUGUUCAAAGUCUUUCUCUCCGCGUUUGGGCAAUUGACCUGAUUUUGUGUUUAGCGCUGCAAGAAGCCGGAAGUCUGGAGUUUCAUCGCUCGGGUCGUCGUCUUCAUCAACCUUCGUAUGUAAGAGGGUAAUUGGCGUGUCUUCGUCCAUUUCUGCCAUUGUCACGGCGAAUUGAUUUCGGAGGUGUUGAAUAGUAGAAUUAACUUGGGGAAAUAUUUUUGUGAGUCUUCACUCUAAUCUUGUCAGCCUUGCGCACCAGGCGGAGCCAGGCACCCACCCGCUUCAACUUUCAAGGCUGACUCCGCCUCCGCCCCCCGACCAGAGCCAUCCGGCUUUUCUUUACGUUCUUACUUUACACCACAUCGGGGCUGGCUACUGGAUUUCUCAACAAGACCUUCAUCAUGCCAGUCAAGAGAAAAGCUUCAUCAAGUAUGAGCUUUUGAUUGCUCUACUGUAUUGAUCUUUACUAACUGGUGUUUCCCAGAUGUUCGAGGUGGAACAAAGGCAGGGCGAGAUUCGACAACCUCAACUCCAGGCCCCAACACGCCACGCAGUAUUGGCAGCAGCGACGAGUACUCGUCUGCCAGCGAAAGCGAAAAGGAGCGCAUUGAAUCGAAUAUAGAUAAAUUCUCGUUGGAACGCUUCAGCGCAAAUAAUAAACCUGUUGGGCAAAAUGGACGAGACUCCGCCAGUCAUCACUUUACAAAAGGGACCGGCAAAAGCAAGGACUUUUCAUACUUGUCACUGAAGCCGGAUCAUGAUAAUCGGCCGUUAUGGAUUGACCCAGAGAAUGCUCGAAUUAUCCUCGAGAGUUUUUCUCCGCUAGCCGCUCACGCGCAGGAUUUCCUGACAACUAUUGCUGAACCGCUGUCCCGGCCGAAGUUUCUACACGAGUACUCUCUCACAGCACACAGUCUUUACGCCGCAGUAUCUGUUGGAUUAGAUCCAAGCGAAAUCAUUAGGACCCUCGAUCGGAUGUGCAAAAUGCCAGUACCUGACAAUAUCCGAGCGUAUAUUACCGAGUGUACGCAGAGUUAUGGAAAGGUCAAACUUGUGUUGAAAAAUACCAAGCAUUUCGUGGAGAGUUCGGAUCCAGCCAUGUUGCAAAAACUUCUGAAAGAUGAAGUAAUUGGACCACUUCGUGUACAAGGAACUGAGGAUAUCACAACGACCUCUGCCCCUAAAAUGACUGGAUUGGUUAUUCCAGGUACCAAGAAUUUUGCCGGUGUACAGCAAGCAACAGAUCGACGAGAUGUGGCAAAACUAGAUAAUGCUCAAGAGGAGAUUAUUGCUAGUCUUAAUGAAGAUGACGACGAUGAUGACGAAACCGAGGCUGUGCAUGCAUUCGAGAUUGCUGACGAUGGCGUUGAGAUUGUCCAAAGACGGUGCUUGGAACUUGGUUUGCCCGUGCUAGAGGAAUAUGAUUUCCGAAACGAUACUGCCAAUGCGAAUCUAGACAUCGAUUUGAAACCUGCUGCUCAGAUUCGACAUUAUCAAGAGAAGAGUCUGAGUAAGAUGUUCGGUAACGGACGAGCAAAGAGUGGACUUAUCGUCUUACCGUGUGGUGCGGGUAAAACCCUAGUGGGAAUCACGGCUGCUUGCACUAUCAAAAAGGGGGUCAUCAUUCUUUGCACAAGUUCCAUGUCUGUCAUGCAAUGGCGAUCGGAGUUUAUCAAGUGGUCAAACAUCAAUCCCAAUGAUAUCGCGGUAUUCACCUCUGACAACAAGGGCAAAUUCUCCGGCAACACUGGAAUUAUUGUCACUUCGUAUUCUAUGGUUGCAGCAACUAACAAGCGAUCUUAUGAUUCUCAAAAGAUGAUGGAUUUCAUUCAAAGCCGAGAAUGGGGUCUAAUGAUUCUUGAUGAGGUUCACGUUGCACCAGCCAACGUCUUCAGAAAGGUCACUUCUACCAUCAAGACGCAUUCCAAAUUGGGUCUCACGGCUACCCUCCUUCGUGAGGACGAUAAGAUUAGUGACUUGAACUUCUUGAUCGGACCAAAACUUUACGAAGCAAAUUGGAUGGAACUUGCAGAACAGGGGCAUAUCGCUCGAGUUCAAUGCGCCGAGGUUUGGUGUCCAAUGACGACUGAAUUUUACUCGGAAUAUCUCAAACAAUCAAGUCGGAAAAGACCUCUGAUGUGGACCAUGAACCCUCGCAAAUUCCAAGCCGCCCAAUUUCUGAUAGAUUAUCAUGAGAAGCGUGGCGACAAGAUCAUCGUUUUCGCAGACAACAUUUUCGCCCUGAAAGCUUACGCCACCAAACUCAACAAGGCCUUCAUUUAUGGAGAUACGGGUAAUGCAGAACGCAUGCGAAUAUUGGAAAAUUUCCAACACAACGACAAAAUCAAUACUCUCUUCCUCUCCAAAAUUGGCGACACGUCACUCGAUCUACCAGAAGCAACAUGUCUCAUUCAAAUCUCCUCGCACUUUGGUUCCCGUCGACAAGAAGCCCAAAGACUUGGUCGCAUUCUUCGGGCCAAGCGUCGUAACGAUGAGGGCUUUAACGCUUUCUUCUACUCUCUCGUGUCAAAAGACACACAAGAAAUGUUCUACUCCUCCAAACGACAAGCCUUCCUUGUCGACCAAGGCUACGCUUUCAAAGUCAUCACUCAUCUCCAAGGAAUUGAAGAUAUGCCCAAUCUAGCCUUCAACACGCCUAGUGAACGCCGUGAACUUCUUCAAAACAUUCUGCUUGCGAAUGAUGCAGAUCUCGAAUUUGACGAUCGAGGAGAUGAUUUGUUCCAUGCACAGGAUGGAAAGAGCAAGGUGAAGAAGAUUAAGAAGGCCAUGGCACGGCGCACUGCCGGGGCUCUUAGUGAGCUCGCGGGUGGACAGGAUAUGGCGUAUGUGGAGAUGAACAAGGUUAAGAAUAAGGAGUUGAAGAAGAAGCCUGCUUCCAAUCCUUUCUUUAAGAAGUUGCAGAGGGAUCAGGAGAAGAGGAAGAAGGCUUUUGAGGAAUAGGGGUAUGGCUAGUAACAAUAGUAAUGGACACUUGGGGGCAAUUGCAGGGGGGUUUCACGUGAUGGGAUGGAUGGGAUCCAUGGGAUGGGAAAAUUGUACUUCUUAGAUGGAUGGGGAUUUUCCUUUUUUAGCAAGGCGUUUGGGGCAAGAGGUGCUGGGCUGGGUUAAUUAGGAGAAAAUUGUAAUAUAUUAACUCGAUCUUUUGCGACAGAAAUAAGAAUAAAAAUGAAAUAUGA